GGCCUGCGGGGCACCGCCAGUCAGUCCGGGAGCAAGCGCCCCGCGCGGAGCCGGCGCGGGCUCUGCUGCUGGCGCGCCGCCUCCCGGGGGCUGGGCUCUCGGGGCUGCCGGGCGGGCGGAGGAGAGGCAGGCAGCCUGCGGGACGCGCGCGGCCACGGCCACGGCCACGGCCACGGCCGGCGGCUCGGACCCAAGCAGGGGAAGGACAGCGGCGGCGGCACCCGCCGGAACGGAGGGCGGAUUUGGGCUCGGCGGACGCGCCCUCCGCUUCCCUCUUGCAGCAGCACCAGAAGCCUCGUGGGGUCAGCGGCCCGGCCGGAGGACCAGGACCCUGUCCCCUGGCCCUGGGAGCCGCUGGAGUUCGGACUUGUGCAGCGGUUGGCACUUUGGGGAGCCCGGUUCUCUUUCUCGCCGCCGCCUGGAACCCAGAGAUCCCCGACCGACCAUCCUCCUCCCCAGCGCGCCCACCCUCCGCCGCCGCCCCGGAGCGGCCCGGCGCGCGCUCUGCACCAUGAGACUUGGGAUUGGCCUGGCGACUUUGGCCGGACUUUUGCUGACUGCCGCCGGGGAGGCGUUUUCAGGAGGUUGCCUCUUUGAUGAGCCAUAUAGCACUUGUGGAUAUAAGCAAGCUGACGAUGAUGACUUCAAUUGGGAGCAAGUGAACACCUUGGCCAAACCAACUUCUGAUCCAUGGAUGCCAUCAGGUUCUUUCAUGUUGGUGAACACAUCUGGCAGACCCGAGGGGCAGAGAGCCCACCUCCUUUUACCGCAGCUCAAAGAAAACGAUACCCACUGCAUUGAUUUUCACUAUUUCGUGUCCAGCAAGAGUAACUCUGCUCCCGGGUUACUCAAUGUCUACGUGAAGGUCAACAAUGGGCCUUUGGGGAACCCGAUCUGGAAUAUAUCCGGAGAGCCGACACGCACAUGGAACAGGGCAGAACUGGCCAUUAGUACUUUUUGGCCUAACUUUUAUCAGGUGGUUUUUGAAGUAAUAACUUCUGGACAUCAAGGCUACCUCGCUAUUGAUGAAGUGAAGGUGUUAGGACAUCCAUGUACCAGAACCCCCCACUUCCUGAGGAUUCAGAAUGUGGAAGUGAAUGCCGGCCAGUUUGCCACGUUCCAGUGCAGUGCCAUCGGCAGGACCAUGGCAGGGGACAGGCUCUGGUUGCAGGGCAUUGAUGUACGAGAUGCUCCUCUGAAGGAAAUAAAGGUGACUAGCUCCCGACGAUUCAUAGCUUCCUUUAAUGUUGUGAAUACGACAAAACGAGAUGCCGGAAAGUACCGCUGCAUGAUUCGCACAGAAGGAGGUGUCGGCCUAUCAAACUAUGCUGAAUUGGUAGUUAAAGAACCACCAGUUCCAAUUGCUCCACCUCAGCUGGCCUCAGUGGGGGCAACCUACCUGUGGAUACAACUCAAUGCCAACUCCAUCAAUGGGGAUGGGCCCAUCAUUGCCCGAGAGGUGGAAUACUGCACGGCAAGUGGGAGCUGGAAUGACCGGCAGCCAGUGGACUCCCCGAGUUAUAAGAUUGGGCACCUGGACCCAGAUACAGAGUAUGAGAUCAGCGUGCUCCUCACCAGGCCAGGGGAGGGUGGCACUGGAUCUCCUGGGCCAGCCCUCAGAACGAGAACCAAGUGUGCUGAUCCCAUGCGAGGCCCAAGGAAACUGGAAGUGGUAGAAGUCAAAUCUCGACAAAUCACUAUCCGCUGGGAGCCAUUUGGAUAUAAUGUGACUCGUUGCCAUAGUUACAAUCUCACAGUCCACUACUGUUAUCAAGUAGGAGGACAAGAACAGGUGCGAGAAGAAGUAAGCUGGGACACAGAUAAUUCACACCCUCAGCAUACGAUCACUAACCUCUCACCAUACACCAAUGUUAGUGUGAAACUCAUCCUCAUGAAUCCUGAAGGAAGGAAGGAAAGUCAAGAACUCAUAGUGCAGACGGAUGAAGAUCUGCCAGGUGCUGUUCCUACUGAAUCCAUUCAAGGAAGUACCUUUGAAGAGAAGAUAUUUCUUCAAUGGCGAGAACCAAUUCAAACAUAUGGUGUCAUCACUUUAUAUGAGAUCACUUACAAAGCAGUCAGUUCCUUUGACCCGGAAAUAGACUUAUCCAAUCAAAGUGGCAGAGUUUCAAAACUGGGAAAUGAAACCCAUUUCCUGUUUUUUGGACUUUAUCCGGGGACAACGUACUCCUUCACCAUCCGAGCUAGCACCGCUAAGGGUUUUGGACCUCCAGCAACAAAUCAGUUUACCACGAGAAUAUCAGCACCCUCUAUGCCGGCUUAUGAACUUGAGACCCCUUUGAAUCAAACUGACAAUACAGUGACAGUCAUGCUGAAACCUGCACACAGCAGAGGCGCGCCUGUCAGUGUCUACCAAAUAGUUGUUGAGGAAGAACGUUCUCGAAGAACUAAAAAGACAACAGAGAUCUUAAAGUGCUACCCAGUGCCAAUUCACUUCCAGAACGCCUCUAUCCUGAACUCACAGUACUACUUUGCUGCAGAAUUCCCAGCAAACAGCCUGCAGGCAGCUCAGCCUUUUACAAUUGGUGAUAACAAGACAUACAAUGGAUACUGGAACACGCCUCUUCUCCCCCAUAAAAGCUACAGAAUUUACUUCCAAGCUGCUAGCAGAGCCAAUGGGGAAACCAAAAUAGACUGUGUUCGAGUGGCCACAAAAGCUGCGAUAAUCGUGACUCAGCUUACAACACCUUACAUUCGCAUCGCCCCUGCCGCAGGCGACGACCAGCUGAAAGGAGCUGCUACUCCAAAACCUGUCCCAGAACCUGAGGAACCAACAGACCACACAGUUAAAAUUGCUGGAGUCAUUGCUGGCAUCUUGCUGUUUGUUAUUAUAUUUCUUGGAGUUGUGUUGGUAAUGAAGAAAAGGAAACUGGCCAAGAAGCGGAAGGAGACAAUGAGCAGCACGCGGCAGGAGAUGACCGUGAUGGUGAACUCCAUGGACAAGAGCUAUGCUGAGCAAGGUACAAACUGCGAUGAGGCCUUCUCCUUCAUGGACACCCACAAUCUGAACGGGAGGUCUGUGUCUUCGCCAUCAUCCUUUACAAUGAAGACAAACACACUGAGCACGUCGGUGCCUAAUUCCUAUUACCCAGACCCAUUUGUGCCAACUGCAAUUUUAGUGCCAAUAAAUGACGAGACCCACACAAUGGCCAGUGACACCAGCAGCUUGGUGCAGUCGCACACGUACAAGAAGCGCGAGGCGGCCGAAGUGCCCUACCAGACGGGGCAGCUGCAUCCUGCCAUCCGCGUAGCAGACCUGCUCCAACACAUCACGCAGAUGAAGUGUGCCGAGGGCUACGGCUUCAAGGAGGAAUACGAGAGCUUCUUUGAAGGGCAGUCAGCGCCAUGGGACUCUGCUAAGAAGGAUGAGAACAGAAUGAAGAACAGAUAUGGGAAUAUCAUUGCAUAUGAUCAUUCCAGGGUGAGGCUGCAGACCUUAGAAGGAGACAACAACUCAGACUACAUCAAUGGGAAUUAUAUCGAUGGCUAUCAUCGACCCAAUCAUUAUAUUGCUACCCAAGGACCCAUGCAAGAGACUAUCUACGACUUCUGGAGGAUGGUGUGGCAUGAAAACACGGCGAGCAUAAUAAUGGUGACCAACCUCGUGGAAGUGGGCAGGGUCAAAUGCUGCAAAUACUGGCCAGACGACACGGAGAUAUAUAAAGACAUUAAAGUCACCUUAAUAGAAACAGAACUACUGGCAGAAUAUGUAAUAAGAACAUUUGCUGUUGAAAAGGGAAGGGCCGAAAGUGAAGCAAACUGCAGUCCACCCAGAGAAGUGUCACAGAGGGGCGUUCAUGAAAUCCGAGAGAUCAGACAGUUUCACUUCACUGGCUGGCCCGAUCACGGGGUCCCUUACCAUGCCACAGGGCUGCUGGGAUUCGUCCGGCAGGUCAAAUCGAAGAGCCCGCCCAACUCAGGCCCGUUGGUGGUGCACUGCAGUGCUGGUGCUGGGAGGACCGGCUGUUUCAUCGUUAUCGACAUCAUGUUGGACAUGGCGGAAAGGGAAGGCGUGGUGGACAUCUAUAACUGUGUCCGGGAGCUACGGUCGCGGAGAGUGAACAUGGUGCAAACGGAGGAGCAAUAUGUGUUUAUCCAUGACGCCAUCCUAGAAGCCUGUCUUUGUGGAGACACCUCCAUCCCUGCUUCCCAAGUUCGGUCUCUGUAUUAUGACAUGAACAAACUGGACCCACAGACAAAUUCAAGCCAGAUUAAGGAGGAGUUCCGGACCCUGAACAUGGUCACGCCAACUCUGCGUGUGGAAGACUGUAGCAUCGCUCUUCUGCCCCGGAACCAUGAGAAAAACCGGUGCAUGGACGUCCUGCCUCCGGACCGCUGCCUGCCUUUCCUCAUCACCAUCGACGGGGAGAGCAGCAACUACAUCAACGCCGCUCUCAUGGAUAGCUAUAAACAGCCUUCCGCUUUUAUAGUCACCCAGCAUCCUUUGCCAAACACAGUGAAAGACUUCUGGAGGCUGGUCCUGGAUUAUCACUGCACGUCUGUAGUUAUGCUGAAUGAUGUGGAUCCGGCCCAGUUGUGUCCACAGUACUGGCCAGAGAACGGAGUUCACAGACAUGGCCCGAUCCAAGUGGAAUUUGUUUCUGCUGAUUUAGAAGAAGACAUCAUCAGCAGGAUAUUCCGUAUUUAUAAUGCAUCCAGACCCCAAGAUGGAUAUCGGAUGGUGCAGCAAUUCCAGUUCCUGGGCUGGCCGAUGUACAGAGACACGCCGGUGUCCAAGCGCUCCUUCUUGAAGCUCAUUCGCCAGGUGGACAAGUGGCAGGAGGAAUACAAUGGCGGGGAAGGCCGCACGGUUGUGCACUGCUUGAACGGGGGCGGCCGCAGCGGGACCUUCUGUGCCAUCAGCAUCGUGUGCGAGAUGCUGCGGCACCAGCGCACCGUGGACGUGUUCCAUGCGGUGAAGACGCUGCGGAACAACAAGCCCAACAUGGUGGACCUGCUGGACCAGUACAAGUUCUGCUACGAGGUGGCCCUGGAAUACUUGAAUUCUGGCUGACGGCAUCUCAGCACUGCAGACCGACCUGUCAUCCCACAAAGCCGAGAGCUCCCCAGGCGUUUGUGAAGAUGAGAUCAGGACUCGCGAUGUGCUUAUUUUGCUUUGCAGCAUUUGGCUCUUUUUAAGAGCCAGAGGAUGUAUAAAACCGCUUGCACUGCCCACGUCCUAGCGAUGCUGCUGCCGGGCGGAAAGCACACACAGCUACAGUCGUCUGAGGCUGUACCCCUGGGCGCCCGCCUGUUAGAGCAGCACAGACAGCUGGCGCCUUGAAGAGCACAAUUAUAUUCUUAUGAAGGAAUUUGUACCUUUGGGGUAUUAUUUUGUGACCCGUGAACCUUUGUUAUUGUUACAGCUGAGUGUACAUUUUUUUUGUUCCGUGGAGAAUGCUACCUGGCAUUAUGAUAAUAUAUUAUUUUUAGUUAAUAUUUGUAUUUUAAUAUGUUGCAUAAUAUAAGCUUAAUGUAGCUUUCCAAGACUAACAGAUAAACAUAUAAUGAACAAACAUAUAAUGUAUGAGUUGUUGUUUCUAUCAGAUUUAUAUUGUUUCUAAGGGAGACGCUGGGGAGGAAUUCAGUUCAAAAGUACAAAGCUCAGCGAUCAGAUUCACAGAUCGAAAGCUUUUCCGCGUGUUUAUAUUGUAAAUACUUUUGAUUUCAUCAAAUUAUUUAUUCAUUAAAAAGAAUUUUUUGUGAA